UCACCGCCGGUCAAGGAAGAGGUAGACUCUCCCCGCGGGUCCCCUCUGUCGAUCGAUGGCGGGCACCAUUUGGAAAGGCAGCAGACCUUUCAGCAAGUAAGAAUUAACAGAGAGAGUCGGCGAAAUGCCCGAGCAAAGAGGUGCAAGCGGCCCAGACCUUCAGAUGAGGAGCAGGUCGCCGGCCCCUUUCCCAAGGAUCCCAGAUUCCCGGAUGCGGAGGAAGACGGCUACCCUGGGAACCAGCAUGCGGAGAACUCCUGGCCGAGCGUGGAGAGGAGCAACGUGCAGGCCUUCCCGGGGCUGAGAGGGUCCAGUUCCCAUCUGGCGCCAGGCCUGACGAGCCGGGACAGUGAGGGUGAUGUGGACACCGAUGGCGAUGAGCUGCCACUCUCGUCCAAACUGAAAUGCCCAGCAGCGGGGCGUGUGGAAGGCCAAGCACACACACUGAUGGAGGCCCAGGAUAAGGACAGCCCAACACUAAGGACAGCAAGCUCGGAUGAGGAUGAAGGGGUCACAUCGGAAUUCUUAAAGGCGAGAAUCAGUGAGCUGACACACAGAUUGUUGAGGAGGGAGAACUACAGGUGCCAUGUGUGUAUGGCAUCAUACUCGGUACCAUUGGCAUCCAUCCAGUGUUGGCACAUUCACUGUGAGGAAUGUUGGCUCCGCACCCUGGGUUCGAAGAAGCUGUGCCCGCAGUGUAAUGCUAUCACAUCCCCCCAUGAUCUGCGGAGGAUCUACCUGUAGAUGGACUGCUCUACCGGAUCAAUGGCCACCAACUGCCCGAGGUUGCCAUCCCUCCUUCCUUCCUGAAGAAUGGCCUCCACUAACCCAGGGGACCACGUGAAGCCUGCCCCUGUUAGAUGGACCAAGACUCAGUGCAGGAUGUACACCCUCAGUGACCACAAUGAAAGAACAUGUCUUCCAGUUUGAAGAAGGGUUCCAGUACAGUUUAGUUUAGUUUAUUGUCACGUGUACCGAGGUACAGUGAAAAGCUUUUGUUGCGCGCUAACCAGUCAGCGGAAAGACAA